AUGUUCACUCAGUACCAGAAACUGUACCAUGUAAUUGGAAGCGCUGAUGAAUUCCAGGACUUUGAACGUGAGGGGCUUGAUCUAUCUAAGCCAAGCGAGAAAGCUAUUCUCGCUCGUAACGUUGCUUCUGGUUAUAUGAUAUUCGGUGGCGGCCUAACUGUCGGUUUCAGCAAUCUGAUGUGUGGUCUGGCUGUUGCAUCUCUAGGAGAGGCUACAGCUUCCUCUCGAGCUCAUUCCGAUCUGGAAAGAUCAUACAAAACGGGCAUGUUCCCUCACUACCAGAAAUUGUACCAUGACUUUGAACGUGAGGGGCUUGAUCUAUCUAAGCCAAGCGAGAAAGCUAUUCUUGCUCGUAACGUUGCUUCUGGUUAUAUGAUAUUCGGUGGCGGCCUAACUGUCGGUUUCAGCAAUCUGAUGUGUGGUCUGGCUGUU